UAUUGUUCAACUUCUCUCGGUUUGGGGACACUUUGUCGGACAAAAGCUGUUUGUUUAUCGCGCGCGUUUUCAUUUCAUUGCAGUUCGAAUAGCCGGUGAAGGAGGUUCGUAAUGGUCGGAGUUUUUCGAAUAAUGCAUUAAAGUUUCUCUGGAUUAAAAGACAACAAAGAAAAUUAAUAAAAAAAAAUAUAUAUUUCACUUGCAAAAACAAAAAUUUAAUCGAGAGAAUUUGUAUGAACAAUGGACAUUUAAUAUAAGUUUUAAACAAAUACAAAGUCAAACGCAUCGUAAGAUAUACAUAUUCUUAUUAGAAUAAAAAACCAAAAAUACAAGUGUUGAAGAGGAAAUAAAUACAAAACAACAACAAAACUAAUUACAAUUCAAAAUAAAUAGUCGCUGUUUGUGUGUAUUUGAAAUAAUUGCAUUUGUUAUUUACCUAAAAUGUUUCUACGAAAUUCAUUGAAAAUAAAACCGUGUGAUAAUGAAACCGGCGGCGAUAGUGUUCGUCAAAAAAUCCAAAUGCUGUAUCAGUGGUUAGCCGACAAUCCCAAUAUUAAUGCCAGAACUGAUUACGAGAACUUGGAGCAAUUUUUGCGUAGCUGUAAAUAUGAUUUGGAACGUACCAAGAAGAAAAUCAAAAGCUUCUAUCAAAUACGUGCAGAACGUUCGGAGUGGUUUUCUAAUCGAGAUCCAACAUUAAAAGAAAUACAAGAAUUACUCAAUUUAGGUGUAUUUCUACCCAUAGAUGGCCUUGACGAACAACAACGAAAAGUUGUUAUAAUUCGCACUGCUGUUCACGAUCCCAAAGAACACUCGCAGAAUGAUGUAUUCAAAGUAAUGAAAAUGGUUUUGGAUUUAUUAAUAAAAUUUGAACCCGAAAAUUGUCAAAACGGCAUCGUCGCCAUCUUCGAUAUGGAAGGAGUGCAGUUGGGUCAUGCCAUGGCCUUAAAUCCGAAACUAAUAAAACGAACCGUUGACAGUUGGCAAACUUAUCCAUAUCAACCGAAACUAAUGGAAUUUGUUAAUACCCCGUUACAUGUGAAUUUGGUUUUGAACACUUUUCGAAUUUUUAUGACACCGAAAAUGCGUUCACGUGUCGUAGUGCAAAAACGUAAAUGCUCGGUGAAAUGUGAAAAUCUACCGUGCAAUUUGGGUGGUAAAGGUCCAUCGUAUCAGGAGUUGACACAACGUUGGAAAAGAUUGGUAGAAGAAAAUGCCAAUUUCUAUACAGAAGAUGAUAAAUAUAAGAGUGUGGUUGAUGGUAAAAACUGAUGAAAUGUUUUUAAAAGAGAUUGAAACCAGUACCUGCGUUUUCAAACGAUACAAUACAUAAAAUGUACAAUUUUAUUUAAAAAUAAUGUACAAAUUAAACCAAGCAACUUGAGGAUUCCGUUGAUUUAAUAUGUGUGCAAUAAUUAUAAUGUGUAAUUAACUUUAUUUGUUAUAAUUACAAUGUGGACCAAAAAGCUGUAACAUAUAUAAGUAUGUAAAUACUAGGUAAGACCAAUAACUCUAUAGUGUCUUACAAUUUGUGCGUUUUUACUGGAUGUAUGAUUUAAAUGAGGAACGCAUGUUUUUAGAUGCGUAUCUAUGGUAGAAUAAAUAUGUAAUUUCAAAUAAGCAUCCAUCGCUGCAUUUCCGUAGCGUAUCCUAUCAAAUUACACUGCGUAAAAAGCAGGUUCCCAUCUCUAAUUUGUAAAUAUACAAUGGAUUUGUAAAUAAAUACUUUGACAAUGAAUAUUGUCAAAUGAAUUAUUUGCAUUUAAACAUAUGAUUGCAUGACUUAAUCUUCUUAUUCCAACCGUGUGCGUAUCCAUGGGACAAUGAAAUAAAGGUAACCUCAUUUCAUAUUAGCAGUCCCAGCUCUGCAUUUUCUGUAAUUUACCUUGUCAUAUUUCAAUGCAUCUCUGAUUUUGUGUGUAUACAAUAGAUUUAUGAAUAUAGAUUUUGCCAAUGAUAUGUUGUCAAAUGUUUAAAUUUGAAAAAAUUGUAAAUAUAUGGUUACAUAACUUUACCUUCUUAGUUCUACCUUGUACGUACCUAUUCUUGUAAUUUCAAUUGGUUAUAUGUAAAAUUAACUUAAUGCCAACCAAUUUAAAGAUAGAAAAAUCAUUUCGAAGAAAUUAUUAACGUAAUAUCAAUCCAACGGAAGCACGUUGUGUGUGAAGUCAAACCCUUUACUUGAAGACAUUAUUAAUAAAGGGAUAACUCAGCCCAAGAGUUCGAACAAAUACCUCAGAAAACUUAAGCAAACAUCAACACAUUUUUAUCAGACUAAGAGCAACUUCAUUUGGUCCACAUAAUAUAAAACAUUGCACAUUUAUCUUAUAGCACUCAGUUCAAUUAUAAAAGAAACAUAAGUACGUAUGUAAGUUUGUAGAUCAUUGUAAAAACAAACUGCAUUUAUUGCACUAUAUCUCCAAAUAAACAUAUACCAUGACACUUUAAAAUGUGUCAAUGCAUACAAAUGUAUUCAGAAAACAAAUAAUAUGUACAUCAUUUUAGAUUUAUAAAAACGAAUUAAGUGUAAUUAGAUUAGCGAACCUUAUCACUCGACUCGAGUACAUAAACAAAAACAAUAAAAAUGUUAUUGAAUUUCACAAAAAAAAAA